AUCUAUCGAAUCAAAACAUUCAUGGAAGCGAAAUAAUAAAUGAAGUUUACCGUUUACGAUGAUCGAGCUAUUUCUGUGCCUUAUUAUACCAAUAUACGCUGAAGUCGUGGUAGAUAAUAAGGUCCCAGAGCGGGAUCAUGUACAGGAUAGUCGCGCUGAAGACAAUUAUGUGGUUCAGACCGAGACUGGACCAGUGCAAGGCUACAAGAUGGAAGACGCAGAUAUUUUACAAUAUUUCGACAUACCGUAUGGAAGAUUUCACACCAAUGACCCGCUGCAGGAACCGAGCGUCGCGGCACCCUGGACUGACACUCUUCAAAAUCAACAGCAUGAAAAGCGAUGUCCGCAAUUAAAACUAGACGGCACAUAUACGGGAACAACAGAAUGUUUGACUUUGAGCGUAUUCGCACCUAAAGCUGCGGAAAACGUGGAAGUCCUAUUCCACAUUCACGAUGGAGAUUUCAUUGCAGGAAGCGGAGACCCAGAUGUGUACAGUCCAAAGCAAUUGGUCCCAGAAGGUGUUAUUCUCGUUCUUCCGAACUACAGAGUCGGUCCGUUAGGCUUUAUAUGCGUUCAAGAUACAACUGUAAAAGGAAAUGCUGCCCUGAAAGACCUGGCAUUAGCACUCAAUUGGGUCAAGAAUAAUAUACAGGCAUUCGGCGGAAACGCUUCGAAUAUAGCUGUCAGUGGAUCAGGGAGUGGCGGAGCUUUGGUUGACUAUUUAUUGAUUGCGAACAAAACAAAACAUCACAUCGCUAAAGCUAUAACAGAGAGUGGUUUCGCCUUGUCGCAUUGGGCUAUAGAUAGAGAUCCGCUUAAGGCUGCUGAAAUAAAUAUCGCUUCGUUCUCAAACCUAGAAUCCUUCGUCAGAAACUACAGCGACGUAACUUUAAAGCCCUGCAUAGAAAGCGAAGGAGGAUUAAUAGUUGAAUCCUUUUGGACAUCUCUACAAACGCAAAAUAUUAGUAUUCCAGUAAUGAUCGGGUCUGCUAACCAUGCCGGCAUGCAGGCUGUGCUGCGGCUGGAUCAGGAACAAGUAUCUUUGAUUAACGAAGACUUGUCUCAGCUACUACCGAACGAUUUAGCAUGGGACGAAAAAGAUAAAAAUGAGUUAGGUAAUAGAGUAAAAUUGCAUUAUUUUGGUUAUAAAAAAAUAACAAUUAACGAGAUAGAUAAACUUUCACUGUGUUUUACCGAUUGUGGUUACUUAAGCCCCGGCGUCCGACAGGCGAGGGCGUUGACUCAAGCGGGCGCUACGGUUUACUUUUAUGAGUUUUCAUAUACAGGCUAUAGAAACAGCCCUAUUAAGGGCGCCGCUAAAGGUGACUCUUUACAUUACGUAUUUCAAAAAGAUUCACCGACAGUUGAGCAAACUGAUGACGAAGAAGGCGCUAAUGAAAUGAAAACAAUUAUGAAAAAGCUAUGGAUUAGCUUCAUAAAAUCAGGGAUUCCGACCAUAGAAAAUGUGCAAUGGGAAGCUUUCGGUUCGACUCCAGAAAAAGAAGAAUGUUUGGAAAUAGGCACAGAAUUAAAGCUUUUGGACCACCUGCACAGCGAAAGAUUAAAAUUGUGGGACGAGAUAUAUGAACGUCACUUUAUUGAGAACAAUUUCGGUUCUACACUGAAAUCACCCAUGUUACUUAUCUUCAUUAACAUUAUCGCGACUUUUAACCUUGUUUUAAGUAUCGAUUGAAAUUGACAGCAACCCUCUAGUUAAUGUAAGCCAUGUUAUAUAAAUUAAGUGGUAUAUUACGAAAUUAAAUAAUU